GAAAAUAAAAACAAAAACGCGGUGCUGUUGAAUCACCACAGGGGGGCGCUGUUUCCGCCCUCUUCUUGCACAUCACAAUUCAUCUCCGGUUCGUUUUCCGCAUUGCCGCUGCAUCGUCAAACGCUGUAAACAUGGCGUCGGCCCUCGGUCGCCUCGUCAGGCUGUCUAUCCUCAGACCCCCCCGCAGAUCCCCGCUGACCCCCUCCAGUGUACCGGGGAACACCGUGACAGCGUGCCGGACGGCCGUGUGCUCGUCGUCCGGUGCUAUGCUCCCCAAACCCAGAAAGACCCCCUUCGGCCUUAUCCGGAUCGCCCUGAUAGUGGUACCCUUCUUGUAUGUGGGGACGCAGAUCAGCAAGAACUUUGCCGCCCUCCUGGAGGAGCACGACAUCUUCGUCCCCGAGGACGACGACGAUGAUGAUUGAGGGGGUCUGGAAAGCUUCAGGUUAGCAGAUUGUGUAUUGUGUGACGAUGACCACCGCCCAGCGUCAGUGAGCAUCUCAGCAGAUUAACACCUUGCCGGAGUUGCGUCUUUGUGCACUAGAUUCAGGGUUUUUGCUGCCCCGGGCUGAUCGUAUUGUACUGUAUUUGUCAUUCACUACUCACAUCUUACACAUCGAUACCAGAACACAAUGAUUUCAAUAAAAUUUAAUUUUCUAUCAA